AUGUCGCAAAGCACCCCAUAUUUCCGUCCCUCGACGCACGCCCAAGGCCUUGCCAACUACCCACAUGCUCGAACCAUUACAUCCCCUGAUGGAAAGGGAUCCUACAUCUAUGUCUCAGGGACCUCAUCUCGACGCGGCGACGGAACCUUUGUCGGAGCAACAACCACUCAAGAUUCCGACGGCAAGACUACACUCGCGCUUGACAUACGACAGCAAACAGCAGCCGUAUUAUCGAACAUCGAUGCCAUUAUCCAAGGCGCCUCGGACGGGAAAGCAACCAUUGCGAAUGUGGUCGAUGCGACAGUCUUCUUGACAAAUAUGAAGGGGGAUUACACUGGCAUGAACGAGGAAUGGAACCGGAUCUGGCCCGAUCGGAAUACAGCGCCGGCUCGGACGACUGUUGAGGUGCGGGCUUUGCCGAGGGAUGAGAUUAUUGUGGAGAUUAAAUGUACAGUUUACUAUGUUUGA